ACAACCAAUCUCUCAUAGCACUGCUAAUCAGAAAAAACAAGCCAUGUAUGCUUAUAAUAGAUUUCCCUCCAGUAGCAUAACCUACAACGCCUCCACUUCCAAAUACUCAGUCACCUGCGACGGAAAAACCAUUGAGACAACUCUCACUGAUAAAGCUGCCAUAGCUGAUGAAUGGGUUAGGGAAAUCCUUUCCCUGUAUGCUAACAAACCUACUGUCGUUGGUUUAGACAGCGAAUGGAGGCCCCAUCCUAUUCGCUCAAUGAGCAACAAAUCAGCUACUUUGCAGCUUUGCAUCAACGACAAGUGCCUAAUUCUUCAACUUUUUUAUAUGGACGAAAUCCCACAAUCCCUCAAGAAUUUUCUUGCGGACUCCAACUUUACCUAUGUGGGGAUUGAGGUGGCUGAUGACAUAGCCAAGCUUAAGAAUGAGUAUGGGCUGGAGUGCAGCAGCAGUGCUGACAUUAGGGCUCUGGCGAUGCGCCGGUGGCCGGGAAGAUUUCGCCGGCCUGGGCUGAAGGAUCUUGCAUCGGAUGUGGUGGGGCUUUACAUGAAGAAGCCAAAGCAUGUUUGCAUGAGUAACUGGGAAGCGAGGGUUCUCAAUGAGAACCAAGUUGAGUAUGCAUGCAUUGAUGCUUAUGCUUCUUACAAAAUUGGGCAUAAGCUGAUCAUGGAAAACUAGUUGUUUGGCCUAGGCCUUUGGUUUGGGGCUGGCAAGAAGUCUAGAAGCAUAUUAUGUAAUGUGGGUACUUUAUGCAGCAAGUGGUUUAUGAUAUGAUGUAGCAAUGCUGGCGUUUUUAAUUCCUUUUUUUUUUUAGCAAAGUAAUUUGCUUAUCUUGUCAUCAGAGGAAAUUCUAAAUAUUUAAGUUUUAUCAA